AUGGCGACCGAGAGCGAGGAAGAAUGGAACAUCGCUCUCGCAGCGGAACGGAGAGCGGACGUCGUCGAAGGAAGGUUGAAAAAGCUCAAGGUCCCUCGCAGAUUUGGCAUCGAACGCCUCCAGGCUGCGAAAGCUAAAGAAGCGACUAGAUUACUGAUAAGCCAGGGCCGCGAAAAUGUUUCCACUGCAUGGUUCGCCUGGUUUGUGGACUUUGAGGUUUGGGACUUUAUCCAUGAGAAGUUCGCUAAAAAUGGUGACCACGAGACGUUCCCGUGGGUUGACCUCGAACCCGCCGUGAAGCCUGUGACCCCCGAAGACGCCUCUGCCUGGUGUAACGGCUUGAAGGACGCCAUCAAGCAACGGUACUACCUCCCCACCUUGGAGCGCAAGAGAUUGGGUCUUUCCCUGAUGAAGCCGGAGCCUACCCUUUUACGUGACACCGACGAAGCCACUGUGGCUUUGCGUCAAGAGAUCUGGAACAACGUCUUUCCUGGAAGAGAGCAUCCCCACAGCAAGGCUUUCGAAGCCGUCAUCCCUUCUGCCGUUAAGAUGUCCUCGGACUUGAACUGGAACGUAUUGCAACAUCAAAAUCGUUUACCAGAUGCAGUCUGCUUCUUCACGGUCGGACGAGUCCACCGUCGUGGUCGUUUUGCUAUGGCGCUUGUUCUCGGAUACAAUCCCGGUGUCAUCGACAAUGAAGCGAAUAGAUUGAUUUUGGCCAAGGCCUACGAUGUUGUCUUGAACUGGGCUCAGGUAAUCGUAAUCACCGGCAAAAGCAUAAAGCUUACUAGAGCCUUCAAGGGUUUCGGCCUGCGGGACCCAGACCUUGAUCGUGAUGGAGAGGAUACACGCAUGGGAGGAAUGGAAGAAAACACGGAGCUCACGCAGGACGACUUUUGCGUCGAGGAGUUUGACGUGAUGCCGUUGAAUUCUGUCGCAGAUUACGCUGUCUUCCGGAAGGCUUGCCAUGAAGCAUGGAUGGGCAAGACUCAUGACUGGAAGGAAACCUUGGACAUCACCGUGUGGUCAUGGGCCGAGGAAGUGUACUGGGCGAAAAGGAUCGCGGAACCUUUCGACUCUUGA